AUGCCGUUGUUCAUGGGGAAAGACAAAACCCAGAGCGAACUGAGAGGCAAGUUUGGUGGAAACACGGUCAACAACGUCAUCCUCAGUCAAGGGGGCCACUAUUUCCGUCACCAGACAAUCGUGGAAGUCGCCGUUGGGGCCGUUGAUGGUGACGGAGUCAAGGAGUGGAAUGAUGUUUUCCGCCUACAAAACUCGUCAGCCUCGGGUCUUGCUCCGGGGCCAAACAAACGGCGACAAAAUCCACUGAUCUGCCACGUCCCUGGCCAGCCACACGGUGGAAAACGGGCCAUGGCGAAUCUUGGCAUGAAUCUUGAUCUCGCCCAGGAAGACCGGAUGCAGCCCAGUUUUAGCAGAGCAACUGUGGUGCCCCCGUUGCUCACCAAACCUCCAAAGCAGCCAUAA